AUGGCUAAGGAAACGUACCAGGAAGCGGUGGAUGCCGGUCAAACUGCUUUCUACAUGGAGGAAGACGAAUUCAUGGGUGACACCUUUACGAUGAAAGUCGGAAAUAUUCCCCCGACGGAGACGGCAGUUAUAGAACUGCGCUUCUUCUGCCAGCUUCAAGCACAGGAAAUAACCGACGACUCCGGUAACCACACGGUGGCGAUUUUCGCGCUACCUUCUGUCCUCAAUCCACGGUAUACACCAGAAGCUUCUGAAAGCCAAAGGCAGUUUGGCCCGCCAAAUGAAAUCCCAUUCUGCAAGGUGAACGUACCCUACACAUUUUCAUUCUCAGCAAGUCUGACUUCUCAAUCUUCAAUAAUGGGGGUGACUUCCGCGAAGGACACCUUUCAAUUGAAGUACCAGGGAGAAGAAAAAAAAGCCGCAAAGAUGACAUUGCAAAGUGAUUUCAAGUUUGACCACGAUCUGGAAAUGGAGAUAGUGUUUGCCGAUCCGACCAAAUUGAUGGUCACAUACGAGGAAGGUGAUUCAAAGGCUGGAAGCGGAAUUCUCACCCUCGACUGCCUGACUGUGAACUUCUUGCCAACGUUUGAGGAGGGCACUGACGCACGCAAUGAGGUCAUUUUCCUUAUUGACCGCUCCGUUUUCGUGAUGAGUUCAAAUUGGCCUCGACCAAGAGACUACACCGAGGCGUCAAUGGAAGCGGCUCUGGAAUACCAAAAGAACACGACCGCGGACAUGGGUGGCACUGAAGUGUUGGGAGCUCUGAAAAGCAUUUAUGCAAAGAAGAUCACUGGUUCUGAUUGGCAUAGGAAGAUCAUAUUUCUUACAGACGGCGAUAUUACAAAUCAACCAGAGGUAAUCAUGUCCUAUUCCCUAGUUUCCUACAUCCCAGUCUUCGCCGUGCAUUAUUUAAAAUGGAGAUUGUGCACUGAUUUCCCUUCGGACCAGGCUUGA